AUGCCGGCGCGGUCGCAGAGCCGCCCGCACAGCCCGUCCAGCGCGUCCACCUCCCGCAUCAGGGGCACACUGCAGGCUCACGGCCCCCCCGCUGUCCGCCAGGAGACAGCAGGACGCUCAGUCACCCUGUCCGGCAGCCAGAAGCCCGGCAACCAACCCAUUUCGGUCCGCGUACGGUUACAGGCCGAGCAGAGGCCUGCUGCCCUCGCUCAGUUUGAAACGAAGUCAAACCUGGGGAAACUUGAUUUUUCGUUAAACCCCCUUCAGGCAGAGUGGCUGGGAGCCGGCAGCUACUACGAGCACGUCAAGAUAUCAGAACCCAACGAGUUUGACAUCAUGCUCCUAAUGCGUGUUGAAAGGCUUCAGCUGGAUGAAUGCGAUGACACCGGAGCCUUUUAUUAUCUAUCAUUCAAACGAAACCCCAAAGAAAAGUAUUUGUUGAAGUUUUUAGAUGAAGAUGGAAAAUUAUCAGCUUUUAAAAUGCUUCAAGCACUAAGAGAAAUUAUCAAGCAAGAAGUGAAAACCAUUAAAGAUGCAGAAGUGACUGUGAAAAGGAAGAAGGCUGGGAGCCCUGCAAUAACCCUCCAGAUCCGAAACCCUCCCACAGACAUCUCGGUGGACAUCAUCCUGACGCUGAAAGUGCAGCAGAACUGGCCCCCCAGCACGCAGGACGGGCUCCGGGUCGAGCAGUGGCUGGGGAGGAAAGUCAGGGGAGACCUCAGGAGCGAAUCGCUUUAUCUAGUGGCCAAGCAAAACAAGAAAGAAAAGGUUCCAAGAGGGAACACGUGGCGCCUCUCCUUCUCGCACGUGGAGAAGGCCAUGCUCAACAACCACGGCAGCUCCAAGACCUGCUGCGAGGCCAACGGGCCCAAGUGCUGCAGGAAAGGUUGCCUUAAGCUCUUGAAGUAUCUUCUAGAACAACUCAAAAUGAAAUACACAAAAGAGCUGGACAAAUUCUGUUCGUAUCAUGUCAAAACUGCUUAUUUCCACUCGUGUGUGAUGUGGCCCCAUGACACAGACUGGCACUGGGGGGACCUGGAGCACUGCUUCCACAAGUACCUGGGGUACUUCCUGGACUGCCUGCAGCGCUCCCAGCUCCCCCACUUCUUCAUCCCCCAGUACAACCUGCUCAGCCCGGAGGACAAAGCCAGCAAUAACUUCCUGUCGAGGCAAUUAAACUAUCAACUGAACAACAAUUUCCCAAUAUUUCAGGAGAGGAAUUGAAAGCAUUGUUUACAAUACCCGUCUCAUCAUGUAUACCCAUUCCAUACCCAUCUCAGAUUUGCAUAUCUAGAACUGGAAGCUCUGCACCUCGGGUUACCCCUCAGUAGCCCACAAGGAAACCAAACCAAACCCAACAGCAGAGGGAACAACAUCCCUCAGUCCCACUGCUCAGCCACAGCCCUCACGAGAAACAGGACAUUUUAAGUGAUAGUUCUCUUCCCUAUCCAAACAGACAUGGCACCUACAAAAUAUCUCCAAGGUACACUAAACGUGUAGAAGAACUUGCAAUAGUUCAUUUCCCACAUGUCAUUUCUACAGUUCCAAACACAAAGGCAUCAACGGCCGGGUCAAGUGAAAAAUGGUCACUUUAUUUCAAAUGAAGAUCCACUGCAGAAUAUCCAAAAUACACUCUUCCUUUCAAAACAACAACAACAAAAAGUCACUGGAGUUACUUGGACAUAAAGAACAACAACUCCUCCAGCUGAGCUGGGUGGAUGAAGACCUUUUGCAGAGAGAACGUGGCAUCAAACCAAUGUGAAGUUCCUGAAUUAACUUAUCAUUCCCGAGUCUCCAGGAUGGCUUUGGAAAGGAGGCUUUUCCCAGGGCAGUGGAGACAGGAAUGGUUAUCUGAUGUGCUGCUA